AUGUCCAACCCCACCGAAACCAUCAAACAACCCGCGCCAGGCGACGCCAUCGCCGACCUCGCCGCAUCCCUCCUUUCCUCCCCCAAACACCACCACCACCACCACCACCACCCCCAUCCCACCGCCACCACCACCAACAACAACCCCACCGCCACCAACCAAGACACCACCGCCGAGGACAGCGGCACCGAGCGCGCCAUGUCGCACACCGGCGCCUGGAAGCCCGCCCUCGACCGCCGCCAGAGCUGGAGCGCCCAGGAGUACAAGCACGACCUGCUCAAGCGGCAGUGCAUGGGCGGCGGGGCGGGGAAGGAGGGCGGUGGGUUUAGCGAGGUUUAUGUCACGUUUACCGGUUGGAGCAUGGAUAUGAAGGAGCAUUAUGGGUUCCAGGUUAAGGACCGCGAGGAACGCGCUUACAAUCUUUAG